AUGGCCCAGCAACAACAGAUCAGCUUGCCAGCCAAACUGAUCAAUGGAGGAGUAGCAGGGAUAGUGGGAGUCACCUGUGUCUUUCCCAUCGAUCUCGCUAAAACAAGAUUACAGAACCAACGCAGCGGCCAGCAAAUCUACAAGAGCAUGAUGGACUGCCUGUUAAAAACACUUCGAUCUGAGGGACGUUCUGGCAUGUACAGAGGGGCUGCAGUGAAUCUUACUCUAGUAACUCCGGAGAAGGCCAUCAAACUUGCUGCCAAUGACUUCUUUCGUCACCAGCUCAGCAAAGAUGGCAAACUCACAGUGUUCAAGGAGAUGCUGGCUGGAUGCUGCGCAGGCAUGUGCCAGGUGACCAUCACCACGCCCAUGGAGAUGCUCAAGAUCCAAAUGCAAGACGCUGGCAGAAUUGCUGCCCAGCAACGGGUGAUGCCAAAUGUGGCAACUGCGCUAAAAAUGGGUGGGACCAGUGCAGUUUUGUGUCGCUCGUACAACACCAAUCCUGGGCCUGUAAUGAGGCUCUCAGCCACACGAAUCACCAGAGAACUGCUGAAAACGAAAGGAUUCUCUGGGCUGUACAAGGGGCUCGGUGCCACUUUGAUGAGGGAUAUUCCAUUCUCUGUGGUCUAUUUUCCUCUGUUUGCUCAUCUGCACCAGUUGGGUCGUCCCUCACCUGAAGGCCCUGCUCCUUUUUACUGGUCGUUCAUGUCAGGCUGUCUGGCUGGAUGUGUCGCUGCAGUGACUGUCAGUCCUUGUGAUGUGGUGAAGACGAGGCUGCAAUCCCUCAAAAAAGGAGCUAAUGAAGAAACCUACAAUGGAAUAGUGGACUGUGUUCGGAAAAUCCUGAAAAAGGAAGGUCCUGGAGCAUUCUUGAAGGGAGCAAGCUGUCGGGCCUUGGUUAUUGCCCCUCUAUUUGGUAUUGCCCAAGUGGUGUACUUUGUGGGAGUUGGAGAGAUCCUGCUGGGAUACACCCCUCACAACAUUUACUCUUCAUAA